AGGCGGGGUUACUUGUGCCCUCAGCGACCGCGUUCUUGUCGCUCGCAGAGCAACUUCAGACGACUUUUACGACGAUACCCAAUCCUCACGACUUCAAUUACCCCACAACCUCCGCUACUUGCCCCUUCUGCCUCCAACGCCUUUCUCGUUCGUCAUGUCCACUCAGUCGCUACUCACUCUCGCUUCUCUCUUGCCCUCCUCUUCCUUCCUGCUCGCUUAUACCCUGCCCCUCUUCUUCCUCUCCCUGCUUUUGACUUUUGCCGGCGCGUUUCUCACCUUGGAUCGCACACGGGCGUUCGCACCCCGUUAUGACGCACUUCAGCCGCCCGAGGCGACAAGGAUUCAGCAUGCUGAGGUUUUGCUCAAGAAGGUCUUCAGACUAGAGGGUGGCUUAGGUGGCAUUGCCUUAGGCUUCGUCUUCGGAGUCCAUUUGACCACCUUUCUCGCCCUUCUCAUCCCUAAUGUCUCAGCUUCAUCGAAAGCACUCAGCUCCGGCGCUUUCCUCGCUGUAUGGUUGCUCGCAGCGAUCGCUAGUGCCCUCCUAUCUGCGAGGUGGCGAAUUGUGACCCUUGCAUUUGCCGGCAUUGCGGGAUACUCUACCUUCGCUCUCGCCUUUUCCGUCAUCCUCCACCCCUCGCUCCUCACCCGCCUUAUCCUCGUCGCGAUAUUCACGCCUAUAGGUCUCAUCAUGUGUCUGCUACCCAUAGCUCGCACUCAGCACACUUUCGUCCGACUUGCUAUGGCUUCCGUUGGCGCAUUUGGCACCGUCCAGUCCAUCGCGCUUCUUGCCCACAUCUCGUCUUGGAUCGAGGUCUGGGAUCGGCUCUGGCUCAAAGACGGAAGCAAUUGGGGGACAGUGCAGGAGAAGGGGAUCAGUGCGGCAUUUUGUCUCUUCGUCCUGAUCGGCGUCACCACGGACUGGUUAUUGAAGAGGAAGCUAGGGGAGAACCCAGACGAGAAAUGGGAUAGCUAUCUUGCGGACUACACUGCAACCCUCCCUAGCGGUCACGAUCGCGCUGGACAAUUCCGCCCCCUACAGUCAUUCUGGGCUCGUCACUUCGGCCAUAAAAGCGGCCUGGACCCCAUUGACAAGGACAUCGUCUUUCCUACUGAUGCCGACCUCAAGAAGCCUAUUCCUGACUCUCCGCUCAAAUUAUACAAGAAGCAGUCGCUUUCGGCCCCUCACACUCUCCGCGACGACAAGCCGCGUCCGUUCACGCCUCCGCAGGAGUACUUGCGGAAGGAGCGUAGGCCAGGUGUAAAGGGUCGCCAGCGGACCAGGGAAGUUGUCAAGUUCGAUCCGCUUGAUCCGUAUAGCGCGUCCGACUCUGAGGACGAGGAUCUCAAGAAGGCAGUCCCGCCCUUCGUUAGGUCACCGACAAGGUCAGAUUCCAUGGCGACGCUCACGGAGGAGCAGCCAACGAAAGGCUCCAAGGGAGUUGCGAAGAGGGCCAAGGAAGAUCCACUGUCGGAAGACGAACAAGACGUCACGGCUGUCCGGACAGACCGCCAUGGUAGAGAUAAAUGGACACCAGACUUCAUCCGCAGGCACAGUCUCAAGCACCAAUCAUCGUCUAUCGCGCUUUCGCAAGCGGGCACGGCUUCAUCGCAGACGCUCACCGCGCCGGUGUUCUCCCCCGUGCCUGCGACGCCUUCGCUCAUCAAGGCGAUCGAGCGGGUGAACGCUGCCCAGCAGGAAGCGUUCGUGCAGAACCCGAGGGAGACUGACGGUCUCCCGCUGUCGACCCCUUCAGUGACCAGUCAGAGCGAGCAGGGCCCGCACCGAGGGCACGAUUGGAAUACAUUCUGGAGUGAUGUGAAGAACAAGGCGGGGCAUGGCUUCCAGCACCGGAGGGAUGGUGCUGGCGCGGGUGAGGCGAAGCGGUAGCUUUAACGACCUUUACGAAAUGUUACGAGAUGCUUACGACCUCAGUAAUGACUAGUGUUCUCUGUGUUGUUUGGAGCUUACUUAUUUGAUACUGAUAUUUUGUGACUUUUUCUGUCGCCGUAGUAGGAAGCAGUGGUUGGCUGUCGAUUCUUGUAAUGGCAUGGACCUCGUGUUGAUGUGCGUUACUCAUAGCAUCGAGGACUUGUUUU